AUGAAGGUCACGGAGACGAUGAUGACCAAAAGGUGGCGACAUGACGAGCCUCUUCCUGGGCCCCCAGCAACUGUUCGGCCGCCGGAUAAGAUUUCCAUUCCAGAUGAACCGGCGAUACUUCCGAAGUCAAGCGUCGCGACCUCCGAUGGUGAAAUACUCACCGACCUGCCAAUCAAAGACUCAAAGAAGCCAGAAGAAGCAAUCUUGCCGGGAAAUGAAGUUGAUGAUGUACCUUCUACAAUAUUCUCCACGCCUAGCAAGCUUGAUUCAGCCGAAUCUUCCCGCCGGGAGAUCGAAAACUUGUGGGAUGUGGCUUACGAUAAUUUGAGGCCUCAACAUGCCGACUUAUUGGAAAAGUACGAGAAAAUAUUGACUUUAUGGCUACGUGCACACUUGCUACAACAAAAUCAAAAAACCUCUCAUAAUUAUCAACAAGAAAAUCUGUUUCAACCUCUGCAUCAUCAAGAAAGGCAACAAUACGCUCAGGAUAUUAUUGCCUUCUGCCUCGAGUCUCAGCAAGAGGGCGAUGCUGAUGCCGAUACUGUUGAAAAGAACAUCAACUCUCAACUGAUUCCUCUAAGGUUCUCCAAAGAAAUUCGAGACCUGUUGAAGUCAUCAAUCGACAGUGGUGAAGAUACAGCCCUUGCAUGGGCAGGAACAUGCCUUGCUCUACAGGCCCUCCUGCACUCGAUCAAUCAACCAGAGACGUUACAGGGCAUGGACCACGUCGUAUCUAGAAUGGUGUGGUAUACUUUGCUUCCCAAGCUUCUUGGUGCCGAUGAAUAUAAGAGAGGCCUUCCUUUAAGCGAACAAACGAUUCUCCGAGAUCGUAUAACAGAACUUUAUCAACAGGUUCUCCUCUUCCAAGCUCGCAUCGUCUGUUCUCAAAUAGACGUAAUUCAAGAGAGUAAUCUAAUCAGAAUCGAUCAAAGUCGAUUACCCAGAGAUGCAGAUUUGAACGAGGCCGACGUGGUAAGGGCAGAGCAAUCACUCCUCAGUUUUAAAGGCGAAAUCCAGAAUCAAAAACUUUCCACGCUUCUCAGUGAUAAGAAGAACGAUACAACUGGAGUUGGGGAACCCGAGCCUACAAAGAGCGACAUGAAGACCCCGAAAGAAAUCUUGAACGUAAUCGAUCCACGAAAAUUAGAGGCGAAUAUUCCAUCAGUGAAAAAUCUCUACGAAUGGGUCAUAUCGACUUGCAAAUACAAGUCAUUCAUCGCAGGAGACUCGCGUGUGCUUUGGGUUUGCGGUGACCCAGAUGCUGGCAGAAAGAUGGUCCUUUGGUCGAUUGUUCGUGGACUCUCUCCGGCGAUUCUCGACUCAGAGCCGAAGCUUUUGUCAUUUUCAAUGUGCGGCACGGGUGAACACGAGGCGCAAAGCACUAUUUCUGUGCUAAAGACUCUCAUCUACCUCGUCUUGGAAUACCAACCUCAGCUGGGCAGAUAUUUGAUCCAGAAAUGCAACUCAACAGACAUUGAGGAAUUUUCCGAUUCCCAUGACGUAUACGCAUUAAGCAUGCUGUUAUAUGACAUUAUCAGAGAUGAGACAUUCAAGCCAACUAUAUUCCUAGUUGAAGGUAUUGAUGAGAUUAAUUUCGAACACGAAGAUCCAAGCUCCUUCAUCUUACUAAUCGAAACAACUAUGAAUCUGUCACAAAAUAUUAAAUGGCUCUUAUCCGGUUCAACCGAGUCAUUUGGACGUUUUUCCAAGUCCAGCAAUCUGCGUAUAGCCGAAGACGAAUGCAUAGACAUCGAUGCCGCAUAUGAAGAAAUGCAGACAACUUUGAGAGAUUAUUACAUCCCUUUAAAGGCUGAUCAAAUAGCAAAUUACUGGGGCAUCGAAGAAGAAUCUCGAAAUGAAAUUACUAGACUCCUAGAGAAGGCAUCCUCAGGAAGCUUUCUGCGAGUUGACUUGGCGUGCCAAGCGAUACAACGAGAAAACCCCUGGCAUGCUUCAGGUGUCCUCAGAUGGCUAUCGCAACCUUCAGCAAUAUAUUCUGCCUAUUCCGAUCCUUUGUCUAAUUUAUAUGCUCCUAUACGCGAAUAUUCUUGGAAUCUACUAUUCGAUGAUUCCGAUUUGUGCAUAAAUGUGCUAAGUAUGGUGGCAACAGCAGCUAGGCCUUUGGAUCUUGUGGAGUUGGAAGCACUUUUGGGUUUGCCGGCAUAUGUUAAUGUCCAAUUCCUCGUGGGAAAAUGUUUUGCAUUCCUAGAAGUGCGUAACAAAACAGUUCAUUUUCCACGCAAAUCUGCCAGAGAUUUUGUUCUCAAAGCGACACAGAAUACAGCUGUUGGUUUUCUCAAUAGAAACCUCCUGAAAUGGCUGGAUCUCGUAGCAUAUUCAGGGUGGUUAUCUCAAGCAAGAGCUCUGGUAGCAGCUUUACAAACCCAUGUCAAAAAGAAGUGGGAAACCAGAGCCCAUGCAGAUGAUAGUCGUUACCGCGCAUACUUGAGUAUCAUAUAUGAAUCGCAUCGGUUACUGCAUUUCCACAGCAUGAUUCAAGGUGCCACUGGUCUUACAGCCAGAACGACUCUUCUGUUCUGUCCCUGUAAUACGGCAAUUCAGGAAAUAUUCCUGCCAAAGGAAUGGCCGUAUCUUGAAGGCCCCCCGAUGUUUCAAAACCACUGGCAACCCAUUAGUCAUAUCUUAAAAGGCCACUCAGACCGUAUUUGGUCCUGUGCCUACUUUGACGAUGGAAAACGCUUAGCUUCUAGAUCAGAUGAUGGUACUAUACGUCUCUGGGACAUAUCAUCGGGAAAAACACAGCAUACAAUUAGAGCCUUUCCUAGCGCUUAUGAAGAAACAUUUGCUCUAUCCUCCACUGGCUUUAUUGUUGCAUCGAACAAGAAAACCGCCAAAAUGUGGAGUUUAUCUACCGGAGAACAACUGAAGCUACCAGUUGAGAAAUAUUCACUCAAUGGCUCUAGCGCUAUCGGGGAUAUUAAGUUUUCGAAUGACGGAAACAUGCUGGCAGUGGCGGUUGGGAGAGAUGUUGUUAUUUGGCAUGUUCCUGACUUCAAGCUCGUCCUACGACAAGAAAAUGCUUCCUCCAACGAUAAUGUCAGGUCUAUUGGAUUCUCCAAGCACGAUACAUUGCUUGGAUCAGUAGCAGAACAAACAAUCACUAUCUGGAGUCUAGAGAGUGAUGUGACUGACGACGAUAUAAAUAGACAAGUCCAUAACUCAGAGCCUGCUAUACAGCAUAGCCGAAAGUUAAAGAGACAAAAAGACUUGACAAUACCUACUAUGUCUAACAUAAAUCAGGCAUGUGGAAUCGCCUUUUCGCCGAAUUCAAAAUAUGUCGCCAUUGGGACUCGGAGACUCAAUCGGAGAGACAACAGCGUAUACAUCUGGGACUGGAAAUUGGGAAGCCCUCCCGUGGAUCUCAUUGGACAUAGGUCCGGUAUCAGCACAGUCGAGUUCUCAUCUGAUGGGCUUUUUCUGGCAUCAGCAUCAUACGACGGAACAAUUAGAUUGUGGCGAGAGCCAUGGAACGCCAAACAAACCCCAUUAAUACUGAGCGGACACUUGGGCGGCGUGCUCGAUUUAGCAUUCUCGCCUGCUGAUACAUGCCUUGCUACCUGCUCUGGCGAUAAAACGGUUCGAGUUUGGGAUUACGGCAGUUAUAAAGCUCAGGUGCAGUCAGAAAUUGACUCAGAGCACAGUCAAAGUAUCCCACACGCGGAACCUAUCUUACGUGUUGCACUAUCAGAGGAUGGCAAGUGGGUGGCAUCGGCCUCUGAAGAUGGUUUAAUCUGCCUAUGGGAUGGCAAUUCUGGUAUGCUCCGACGAAGCUGGAUGGCGCGUUUGCCAUCUGUUCAGUCGCUUGUAUUCAGCCAUGAUUCUCGCAAACUGAUAUUAGCAUCCGACAAAAUUGUUCGUAUCUGGAGCUUAGAAGACGAUUUCCAGUCACGCACGCUCCUCGGUCACCUAGGUGUGGUAUACUGUGCUGUCUUAUCGCGUGAUGGAAGAUUUCUAGCUUCGGGCUCCAGUGAUACGACCGUGCGCAUAUGGGAUCUUUCGCAGCCUGAGGUUGGAGGUACUAUGUCGACCCAGAGCGAAGAAACAUUUAGAGACGUAGGAGAGAUUUUAGAGUUAAACGGCGUCCGGGGAUUAAGAAUAUUCUGUGGUCAUAGAGACUUUGUCUUAUGUGUUUCGUAUUCACAUGAUGGAAGAUACGUCGUGUCUGGUGCUGAUGAUGGUGAGAUCAUGCUUUGGGAUCUUCACACUGGCUAUCAAACCGGCUCCUCCAUUCAAGUCACAACUAUCAAAGAGAGGGGUGGGGAACGCAUAACUGCGAUGGCAUUUUCAGCCGACUCAAAAAGAUUUAUCGCAUCUGACGCUGAAGGCAUCUCAGUAUGGGAUAUUACUAGAGAGAAUGGGACUAUGAGAUUUGAGUACACGCUCAGAUCAGAAACAAGGCCAGCGAUCCACUCAUUGAGCGUCGAUAUCAACCACCCUCAGUAUGUGAUAACAGAGAGGGGUCCUCUGCUCAUCCAAGAGUUGCGAGACGGUACAAGGGCGCGGAUAAAAUCUGAGCCAUGGUGCCCUUAUAGUGUUACGUCCGGCACAGAGACAUGGAUCACCUGGAAUGGCAGAGAGAUUAUCCUCUUGCCAGACCAUUAUCACCCAGCGUCUCGCAAGGAUAAUCAUGCUCUAAGAGUUCACAAGGAUAAAGUCAUCGUCGGUUGCGAAACGGGAGAGGUUUUGAUAUUCCGUUUUAAAAAGAAUGCGAAUUGGUUGGAGAAAUUAUAA